AUGCUACGGCAGAGCACGCUCCUGUCGGUCCUGCUAGCGAGCCUGGCUCGAGCGCAGUCUGUAUGCAAUGGUCAUGCAGAGCUAUGCUCGCGUCAGUAUAGCAAUGUGACUUACAUCGGCGCACACGACUCCUACGCGGUCAACGGGACUGCUGGCGAGAGCGCCGUAGCAGCCAAUCAGAACUACAACGUCACCGUACAGCUCGAUGACGGCAUCAGACUGCUCCAGGGUCAAGGCCAUGCGCUCAAUGGCUCACUCCAUCUCUGUCACACGUCGUGCACGCUCUUCGACGGCGGUACAGCACAAGCUUAUCUGUCAGAGGUCAAGAGCUGGCUGGAUGCCAAUCCGAAUGAAGUCAUCACCAUCCUCAUGACGAAUCCAGAAACACUCUCCCCUGCCGUCUGGGGACAGGCCUACGCCGCAGCAGGAUUAGAUACGGUUUCCUACACACCCCCGACGUUUCCCUUGCCCAAAUCGCAAUGGCCGACGCUGCAAGAACUCAUCAGUAACAACACGCGCGUUGUCAACUUCCUGGACUUCAACGCCGAUCCUGCCACUGUCCCUUACAUCAUCGACGAGUUUACGAACAUCUGGGAGACGCCAUACGAUGUCACCGAUUCCACCUUCCCAUGUACGAUCGAUCGCAUCAAUGGAACAGCCUCGGACCAGAUGUAUCUCGUCAACCAUUUCCUCGACGCCAAUAUCACGAUCGGUACGAGCACGCUAGGCACUUUGCCAGACACCGCAGCACUACCCACGACAAAUUCGGAAGCAUCCAUCGAGGCCAACGCAGAGAGCUGCGCGAGCGAACACGGCUCGUAUCCGACGUUUGUUCUGGUUGACUAUUACUCGAUACCGAGCAACGGUUCCGUCUUUGCCGCUGCUGCUGCCCUCAAUGGGGUGACUUAUACUUCUAUGGCCACCGGUAGCACUUCGUCUGGCACCGGUUCGAGCACAAGCAAUACGACAACUGCCAGCUCGACGCCAAUAAUGCAAAGUGGCAAAGCGACCUUCACGUCUGUCUCGAGCCUCGCAUUCGCCAUCGGCUUGGCAGGCCUCAUGCACGCAUUGUAG